GAGCAAGGAGGUUGUUGCCUUGCAGCCUUGCAGCCUUGUCAGUGUGACCUGGACUGUGGAUGCGAUUCUGAUUCAACGUCAAUUGAUUGAUGCCCAUCAACUGAUCGACAUUUACUCGACACACCUCGAUCCACCGCUUCUAUUCCUCCCCUAUUUCCGAUCGAAACGAUGAGUAGGAGCCCAUAUUCCUCUGCCGGGCGACUAUGCUUCCGAUGCUUGCGCGCAUCAAAGCAGAGCCGUAGCACACGAUCCUUUGCCUCCACUGCAAGCGCCAACCAACCACCCGCAGCUUCACCACGUCCAUCCAGCAAUGAUGCUGCACCCGCAGACACCACGCAUUUCGGGUUCCAGACAAUAGCAGAAUCCAUGAAGGAGUCUCGAGUCGGCGCCGUGUUCUCGUCCGUCGCCGGAAACUACGACGCCAUGAAUGAUUUUAUGUCCCUCGGAAUCCACCGCCUCUGGAAAGACCACUUCGUUCGCUCCCUCGACCCCGGCCAUCCAUCCUCCAUCUCCCCAUCCACCCCAUCGUCUGGCUGGAAGAUCCUCGACGUCGCCGGCGGCACGGGCGACAUCGCCUUCCGCAUGCUCGAUCACGCAACCACCAUCCACAACGACACCAGCACCUCCGUUCUAGUCGCAGACAUCAACCCCGACAUGUUGAACGAGGGCAAGAAGCGUGCGCUUCAGACGGCAUAUGCGCGCUCGGGGCGCCUGGAGUUCAUGGAGGCCAACGCGGAGUCCAUCCCAUCCAUCCCGUCCAACUCUAUCGAUCUGUACACUGUCGCCUUCGGCAUCCGGAAUUUCACACACAAAGAUGCCGCACUGCGCGAAGCGUUCCGCAUCCUCAAACCCGGCGGCAUCUUCGCGUGCCUGGAGUUCACGCCUCGGCUCUCCAACCCGCUGUUGAACGCCGUGUACAAGCGGUGGAGCUUCGGGGCCAUUCCGAUCAUUGGCCAGCUGGUGGCGGGCGAUCGGGAUAGUUACCAGUAUUUGGUGGAGAGCAUCGAGCGGUUCCCAAGCCAGGAUGAGUGGCGAGGGAUGAUCGAAGAUGCGGGGUUUGUGACUCCGCAGACGGCGUGGGAGGAUUUGAAUGGGGGGAUCGCCGCGAUUCAUAAAGGGAUGAAACCCUUGCGGUAGCGGAAUGGAUUGCGGCCUACCGUCUAACAUGUACGAAUAGCAAUACACCACAACUCAAAGCAUUUUUCUGACUAUCCAAGGCAGUGCCCCGCCGAAAUGGUGUGCCUCAACCCCCCCGACCAGCACUGUUACCUUUAAGAGCCAGGACAUAUCGAACAGUUUCAAUUCAAGGAAGGCCACUGCCAAGGACAAAAAAUUGUAAUAUGAUAAGGAGACAUGUGAGUGUUGAUGUUGGAAGUGUUUACUUAGCCCCUCUCGCGCCCUUCAUUCAGGGGUAAUCACGUGAGCCUCUCCCUAGCCCCUUUCGAUCCCCCUCUUCAUCGCC